AUGCUGCCCGUUCGCCACCUCCGGGCCCCGGCUCGCUCCUAUGCCAAGGCGGCUGCCGGCCCAGCCCAGAUGUCCUUCACCUUCGCCUCACCCACGCAGGUGUUUUACAAUGGAGCCACUGUGAAGCAGGUGGACAUUCUGGCUAACCUAGUCCUGAAACCCAGAGUUGUGACGGUCUUUGCCGAGGACAGCACAGUGACUAAGUACUUUGUGAGCAGUGGUUCCAUCACAGUCAAUGCAGACUCCUCUGUGCAGCUGCUGGCAGAAGAGAUGACCGCUUUAGACAUGUUGGAUCUCGCUACUCCUAAGUUGAUGUGA